AUGCUCUGCCCCGACCAGGAGAACCUCAACUCCUCCUCCAAAACCCCCAUCAAGUACGGGGAGCUCAUCAUACUUGGGUACAACGGCUCCCUGCCCACCGGGGAGAGAGGGUGGAGGAAGAGCCGGUUCGCUCUGUACAAAAGAGCCAAAGCCAAUGGAGUCAAAGCCAGUACAGUCCACACGGCCUGCAGUCCUCAGGCAGCCAAGGCCAUCAGUAACAAAGACCAACACAGCAUCUCAUACACACUGUCUUGGGCGGAGACUGUCGUGGUGGAAUACACACAGGACAGUACAACAGACAUGUUCCAGAUUGGCCGAUCAACAGAAAGUCCCAUUGACUUUGUAGUGAUGGACACGGUACCCGGGAGCCAUAGCAAAGCAGACACUCAGUCCUCACAAAGUACCAUCUCACGCUUCGCCUGUCGGAUUAUAUGCCAGCGAAGCCCUCCAUACACUGCACGAAUCUACGCUGCGGGCUUUGACUCCUCCAAAAACAUCUUCCUCGGGGAGAAGGCGGCAAAGUGGCGAACAGCUGAUUGGCAGAUGGAUGGACUGACUACGAACGGGGUUCUGGUUAUGCACCCGCGUCGCGGUUUCACUGAAGACUCCAAACCUGGCGUGUGGAGAGAGAUCUCCGUGUGCGGAAACGUCUUCGGUGUCAGAGAGACCAGAUCUGCACAGCAGCGUGGAAAAAUGGUGGAGAAUGGAUCUAAUGAGUUAGUCGAUGGUUCUUUAAUCGACCUGUGCGGUGCCACUCUGCUGUGGCGCACUGCCAACGGUCUGGAACGCACUCCGACCCCCAAACACCUGGAGGCGCUGCGUCAGGAACUGAACGCCGCCCGGCCUCAGUGUCCCGUAGGGCUGAGCACCUUAGCUUUCCCUAGCCUGAGCCGUAAGGACACGCUGGACGACAAGCAGCCCUGGGCUUACCUGCGCUGCGGACACGUUCACGGCUACCACGCCUGGAGCGGGCGGGACCAGGAGAUGGUGGGCGGAGACAAGGGGGAGGAGCUUGGCAAGGAGAGGGAUUGCCCGAUGUGUCGCACCCGGGGCCCGUACGUGCCUCUGUGGCUGGGCAGGGAGUCGGGACUUUGCGUGGACGCGGCGUUGCCGACUCACGCCUUUAACCCGUGCGGGCACGUGUGUUCGGAGAAGACGGCGGCGUACUGGAGUCGGAUUCCACUGCCGCAGGGGACGCAUACGUUCCAGCUGGCGUGUCCGUUCUGCCUCCGAGCGCUAAACAGGGAGAAGAGAUACGUUAGACUGAUCUUUCAGGGCCCACUGGACUGA